AUAAUGAGGAACGCAAGGAAGCCUUUACAGGGCGGAAAAUCGAGAGCAUCUGUGCUCAAUGUGCGAAGCUCACUCCAGCCGAUAUAUCUCACUAUCAGAUGAUAUUUUCACCUUUUUUUUUUUUUUUCCUGAAGUACUAAGAUAUUAUCUUAGGUUUGUCAUGCAUGCUGACUUUAUUACAUAACGGAACUGUCCCUAUAUAUGCUCUGAUUACUGAGUAGUGUGCAGAAUUCAUUUCAAGCAUCCACUUUUCCCCCCUAUGUUGGCUAUGUGUGUGAGGUUUUGGUGAGGCAUGCAGUUUCUGGUAUAUGGUAUAUCCUAUUUGCAGGUGGCUGAUAGAAGAAUUUUAGAGCUAGAAGCUGCAUGUGACUUGUCGAGGAUUUGGCUGCACCUAGAUAUAGACGUUUUUUAUGCUGCUGUUGAGACAUUAAGUAACCCAUCGUUUUAGGGCAAGCCAAUGGUUGUUGAUCUCCAUGGCUAAUUAUGAGGAUGGGAUGCAUGCUGAAAUCUUUAAAGGAGGUCAUGAAUGAAAUUGUGACUAUUUCAUGUAUACUUCUUUGUUAUUUUGGACAUUUUCAGUCCUCAGAUUGACUUGCAAAUCCCGUUUUAAAAUUUUGAUUGCCUUUAUCUUUGCUUUGUUUCCACUUUAAACCUGAUCUGAUCACCCUGCAGGCAUGGAGAUUCAGGGUUUGUGCAGCAACGCCUGGUUUCGUUACACGUAAAUUAUGUCCGGAAUUAAUUUUCGUUCCACAGAUUUUAAAAAGUAUACUUAUUACAGUGAUUUGACUAUAAAAGACUGUUAGUUUUCCAGAAGUAUGAUCCCAACUUCAUGGCUACUAGUUUGCUUCUUGACUAUAAAAGUUUUUCAGAAGUAUGAUCCCAACUUCAUGGCUCCUAGUUAGUAGUUUGGAUGAAGCAUACCUUGAUAUAACUAAUGUCUGCAAACAAAGGGGCAUUACCAGUGGAGAAAUUGCUGAAGAACUCAGAACCUCUGUUAACGAAGAGACUGGUCUUCCGUGUAGUGCUGGAGUGGGACCAAACUGCUUACUUGCUAAGGUUUGUUCAGAUAUGAAUAAGCCAAAUGGACAAUUCAUCUUACCAAAUGACUGGUUGGCUGUCAUGACAUUUAUAUCCUCACUUCCCAUACGAAAGGUUUUCCCAGAAGGAAAAUAUUGGGAGCCAAAGCGAAGGUAAAAAGAAGAAGAUAUCUCCAAAAGAUAAGGGACACAUUCCAAUAGAUGUGUUCUUUGUUAAGAGCUGUCAGAAUUUUUAGCGUUAAUCCAUUUGUUCUACCCCUGUAUGUAGUUGUGUAUGCUAUAGUAAAAAAUGGAGUGCGUGAGAGCAAUGCAAUAGAUAGAUAUUCCUUUUACGAAUUGAACACUGUAAAAGUCUACCAAUAAAUUAAAAAUUGAAGAUUGUAAAAAAUGCCUUGGAAAUCAGUU